CUGUCAUUAUAUAAAUGCUCUUCAAAAUCUAUUAUUUAUUUUUGUUAUACUAAUUUUCCUUAACACACAUGCCAAAGAACAUUUGCGCAUACAUAUAUUAGCCGUUCCUUUAUAAGGUGGUGAACAUUUGCUUGGUUCCUGCUUAGAGUGGUGUAGUUUGUUGAGUUCGAAUAUCAUGAGGGGAAGGUACCUUUUUGACGUGGUGUAUUUGAACUUUCGAAUUUGCGCAUUUUAGCACAGCUAACAUAUGCGCUCUCUAUUCAUUAACAUUCUCUGUUUGCCCCUUCUCUAUUCAUUGACGUUCCUUGCUGCCAGCUAAUUCAUAAAGACAUUCACAUGCAGAUGGCGCUAAAAUGAACUUCAAGGUGCGGAACUUGUCUAAAAUCAUAAAUCAGCUGUAGAACGUAAAUUAGUUGUUUAUCCGUAUUAAUAUAUGAACGUUCUCUGGGCAGACUGACAAAUCCAAAUUAAAAAGCGUGCCUUUCUAUGUGGCUACACAAUCAGCUGUUAUUCUGCGCCGAGCAUUCAAGUUGUCAAAAUUAAGCUGAAACGUUUAAACAAAUUUGCGAAAUGCUAUUUUACUCUUUCUUCAAAUCGCUUGUGGGUAAGGACGUUGUGGUCGAGCUGAAAAAUGACUUAAGCAUAUGCGGCACAUUGCACUCGGUGGACCAGUAUUUGAAUAUUAAAUUGACCGAUAUUAAUGUGACGGAUCCGGAUAAAUACCCGCAUAUGUUAUCUGUGAAAAAUUGCUUCAUACGCGGCUCCGUUGUCCGGUAUGUACAACUGCCGGGUGACGAGGUAGACACACAACUGCUACAGGACGCAGCUCGCAAAGAGGCUGUAGUAAGCACGAGAUAAAAUAAAUACAUUUCCAAUGUAGUUUAUAAAUACAAGUAUAUGUAUAUCGGUUCAAUAAUAUUUAAAGUCCAUAAUUUUGUAAUUGAACGCUUUCAUUUAGUGUGUUGGUGCAAAAUGUGCUGAGCCGAAUGCAGUAGUAGAAGUGAAGCGAAAUAUCAAAUAGACAGUUAAACAAAAGUAUAAGGUUUUAUAUAAAGUUAGUGUGACGAUUUUCGAUAUUAUAUGAUAAGAUGAUUUUUAUAAAAUUGAUAAAGAAGUGAAUUUAGACCAAGACCUAGGAGUUUAAGGCUACAGUGCUAGAGAUAGUGACACAGACACAGAUAUAUCUAUAUAAGAUGUGUGUUAGAGCUGCAGUUCUCAACACAUAAUGUCAGUGAACUUUACUAGAAAAGUUAAUUAAAAUCCCAAAUCGUAUUGAAAGAUCGACUACUAAAAGCAUGGAAAAAAUUGUAUUGAUUUUCAGUGAUUCACAUUGGUUAUAGUCUUAAGGGCUUAAAAUGAAAUACAUAGGAAACAAAAAGAGGAGGAGGAGGAGAAACCAUUGGAAAGAAAGAUAAAUUAACAAAAAUGAAAGGUUCAACCUACUAUAAAUUUGUUUCACUUUUUACCAUUAAAUUAAAUUAAUUAAAUGCUUCUCCAUUGUGCUACAAGGUUAGGUUGAACAAAUUUAAGUUUUAGGAGUGAAUGCCAAAUGAAACCUUCAAUUAGUGACUACAACUCAUUCACUCGGCAUAACUCGCGGGUUGGAUACCUACUUAGAAGUUUUAAUGACAUAACAACAAAGGAAAUUAAAUUUUGUAAUUUCAUAACAUAUCGUUUAGUAUCGAAUUCAAUAAAUAAAAUGAUUAUAUA